AGAAAAGAGAGGCGCUGGUGCCCAAAGUCACUCAGCAAGAAAGUGGCUCGCCAGGACACAAGUCCUACGCCUAAGUGGUUCCAAAGACCAGCGACGCGUUCCGCGGCCUCUCCGGCCGGGAGAACCUCUGCAAGAACAAAGCCGUCAUUCCCCACCCUGGCCCCCUCCCUCCCCACACAAGGCGCUUCUGUGUGGCUGUCCUUCCAACACACACGUACGCACGCGCGCACACGCCCAGACAUGCAGGGCCCAGCCUCUGGCCCCUGGGGAGAGCCGCACCCUUUCACCCGGUGGGGGGUAGGGACCCGCAGCGCGACCGCCAAAACGCGCUACGCAGGCUUGGAGCCUGCACUUCCCGCCUGCUCUCAGGAGACACCGCCAGGGGGCGCCUUCCCGAAUCUGGCUGCGUUGGUUAGGUGGCCGUGGGAAGACCACAUCUGCCUCGCAGGUGCCCCUGCCCAGAGCAAACAGUGGCCGAGAGCCCCGAGGCCUUGGAGAUAAGCCCGGGUCAGGAUAUAUCCGACACCAGGGCCAAGAAGCAGGGGAGCGCAGGGUUCCUGGGACAGCGGCAUUGGAUGCGCCCGGAAGGCGGUGAGUGAGGCCCCAGCACGCCCAUGGACCCUGUACCGGCAGCAGACCCCUCCGCGCCCCCAGGCCCUUUGACUCACCUGAGCCCGCCGGACAGCUCGGAGGCGCGGCCGCGGAGCGGAGCCGACGGGCGGAGCCUCCCGGGCAGCUGGACCAGCUGCCAGCCUGCACCCACCCCCGGGUCACCCCCAGAGCAUGUCACGGUCCUGAGGGAAGGCGUGCGCCAGUGCCUACAGCAACAGUGUGAGCAGACGGUGUGGAUCCUGCAUGCCAAGGUGGCUCAAAAAUCAUAUGGAAAUGAGAAGCGGUUCUUCUGCCCCCCGCCCUGUGUCUACCUCGCAGGUCCCGGCUGGAGGGUGAAGCCAGUGCAAGGCCAAGCCCACCAGCCAGGGGAAACCGGACCCACGGUCUGCGGUUACAUGGGACUGGAUGGCGCGUCCGGCAGCGCCGCCGAGACGCAGAAGUUGAAUUUCGAAGAGCGGCCAGACUCCAGGGAAUUCGGUUGCGCCAAGACCCUGUACAUCUCGGACGCAGACAAGAGGAAGCACUUCCGGCUGGUGCUGCGGCUGGUGCACCGGGGGGGCCGGGAGCUAGGCACCUUCCACAGCCGCCUCAUCAAGGUCAUCUCGAAGCCCUCGCAGAAGAAGCAGUCGCUGAAGAACACUGACCUGUGCAUAUCCUCGGGCUCAAAGGUCUCCCUCUUCAACCGCCUGCGCUCCCAGACGGUCUCCACGCGCUACCUGUCCGUGGAGGACGGCGCCUUCGUGGCCAGCGCGCGCCAGUGGGCUGCCUUCACGCUCCACCUGGCUGAUGAACACUGUUCCCAGGGGGACUUCCCGCCUCGAGAGGGCUACGUCCGCUAUGGCUCCCUAGUGCAACUCGUCUGCACUGUCACGGGCAUCACACUACCUCCAAUGAUCAUCCGCAAAGUGGCCAAACAGUACGCACUCCUCGACGUGGACGAGCCCAUCUCCCAGCUGCACAAGUGUGCGUUCCAGUUCCCCGGUGAGCCUGCCGGAGAGGGUGGCACUUACUUAUGCCUCGCCGCAGACAAGGUGGUGCAAUUCCAGGCCUCCCCCUGCCCCAAAGAGGCGAACAGGGCGCUGCUCAAUGACAGCUCUUGUUGGACCAUCAUCGGUACCGAGUCAGUGGAGUUCUCCUUCAGCACCAGCCUGGCGUGGACCCGGGAACCCGUCACCCCAGUGCCCCUCAUCAGCACCCUGGAGCUGAGUGGUGGGGGAGACGUGGCCACGCUCGAGCUCCACGGCGAGAACUUCCACGCGGGGCUCAAGGUGUGGUUCGGGGACGUGGAGGCCGAAACCAUGUACAGGAGCCCGCGGUCCCUGGUGUGCGUGGUGCCCGACAUCGCCGCCUUCGGCAGCGACUGGCGCUGGCUGCGCACACCCAUCACAGUGCCCGUGAGCCUGGUGCGCGCCGACGGCCUCUUCUACCCCAGCGCCUUCUCCUUCACCUACACCCCCGAGUACAGCGAGCGGCCCGGCCCCCCGGGCGCCCCCGAGCCCGCCGCCGAUGCCGACGCGCUGCUCGAGAGCAUCCACCACGAGUUCACGCGCAGCAACUUCCACCUCUUCAUCCAGACUUAGGUCCGCGCCCACGCCCGGCCGGGCCUCCCUGGGGCCCGAGCUCCGCCCCUGCCCCUUUGCUGGGAAGUCAAGGCCAGAGCCUGGGCGGCGGAGGGCCCUCGCCGGAGAAACUGCCACUCACUCGUCCACCUGAGUGAUGCUGUCCAGUCACCAGCGUGGCUCUCCCCGUGUUUGUCUGUCUCUCUAAAUCAAGCAGUCUCUCUCUCUCUCUCUCUCCCCCACAGUACCUUUGCACAUCUCCCCAUUUGUGUGUCCCCAUGCCUCCAACUUUGUCUGUUUCUCCCUGUGUCUCAGUAGGAUUUCACACACUCUUAAGAGCCAGGCCUGGGACAUUUACCUUCUGUGCAGUUGUGUAUCCUCUUGAAGAGGACCCACACAGUUCCACACACCCAGGCCUGGAGCACCAUGUCCUGCAUGGACUGCUAGCUCUGACCCCGAAUGCCAGCUUCCACCUAGAUCCCCAGGUCGGGCCUAAAGUGCUGGCUCUCACCUGGAGCACCCGGCACUGCCCGGAGCACUGGAUUCCACUUGGAGCACCGGGUCACUCCUAGAGCUCUGGGUC